UUGAGUCACUGAGACAAAGUCAGCUGACAUUCAACUCCCCCCUGAGACGGCAAGAACAGACGAGUGGCAGUCGAGGAGAUGUUUUGGAUUGCCUCAGGUUACACCUAGCAACAGAAACCUGCAAAGCUCGAAUCACGGAAGCCCAGUGGUUCUCAAGCACAACAUUUACCCAUCCAAGCCCGGCCUCCUCUAAACUGUACGAUUCGGUCCAGUCCGUUCACCACCACCAUUCCUUUCUUUUCCCCAAAUUUCCACAACCAUGCCUGUCCCUGCCGACGCCAGAUGCCGGCAGCAUCUGGAUGCACAUCGGAUCAGAUCGGACGGAGAGAUCUCGCAUUUGCAUUGCUCGGGAUCUGGCCUGCAUCCACAUCCGCGUGGGAAGGUAAGGAUACAUCCGGCAGCCGUUCAUACGUCCCUUCCCCCUUCAACCUGUCUGUUAUGGAAGGGGGACGGGGUGGGAUUUGCACGCAGUGCCUGCCGUCCGGUCGUCCAUCCCGUCGUUACAGCACCGGUCAAUAAAGGGGGCCAGGGGGAGAUCAAGAGGAACGGGAAGAUAAAAGCAAUGCGGAGAGAAAGAGAUGCAGGUUCGAAAGAUCCUCAUACCGGUGCGACUCUGUCACAAAGCGGGAACCAUGAUCGCCCUCCUUUCGAGACCAGAUCGGAUGAGAAGUGCCGUUGCCUGUUCGGCGCUCUAUGCGGGUUCUUCUCGAAGGCGGGAGGGAAGGAAGCCAGGUGGCAGAUUGGAUGUCGUCCGGUCUGCAGCCCGCCACGGUCAAAGGGGCCUUCCCUCCCCAAACCCUGCGACCCGGACUCACGGGAAGAUGGUAGUACUGUGGCUGCGAUUGGAUCGGCAGACCACAUCCAAAACACGGAUGUGGUCUGGGCAUGUCGUGUGUGGCUCACGACUCAUGACCAAAAGCCUCACUUGAUUUAGCAGCCGCUCGUCCCUGACCGGAUAGGGGAACUAUAGGGGCCAGGUGUGCUCAUCGCUUGUGUGUUGUGGCGAGGAAAGCAUCUCAAACGGCUGGAUAAGGCGGCCAAAAGCCACCGCGAAGACCGGGAGGCGCACAAAAGCCUAUGUAGAUGUGGCCUCCCGUCAAUAGACUCAAAACACAAGCGUGGCCGCAGGGGAGACGGGAAGAGAGUACUUCGUCCGUUUUCAGGUAUGCACAUACAACGCUCGGGUAAAAGGGCCCGAAGACAACAAAAGUUUCUGGGCCCAAACUUUGUUCUGCAUUUCCCCAGACGAACCGCAAAUCUGCAGGUACGGUUGGAGUCAUA